AUGCCCUUCCUGGCGCUGCUCCAGGGCGCCGGCGUCGUGGUGGAGGCGGAGGAGCAGCAGCAGCAUGACGGGCGCAAGCGGCAGGCCUUCGCGCGCGCCGUCUCCGACCUCGACCUGCUCGAGAGCUGCGUCACGCAGGCGGUGGCUCCUGCGGCUGCGGCGGCAGCGUCUGCGCCCGUGUCCAGCAGCACCGAGAGGCGGCGGAAGCGGCCGAGGCCCCGCGCGCGCGCCGCGCCGCCGCAUGAGAAGCGCAGGAAGGCCGAGGAGGCCGAGAGCCAGCGGAUGACGCACAUCGCCGUGGAGCGCAACCGGCGGCGCCUCAUGAACGACCACCUCGCCUCGCUCCGCUCCCUCAUCCCCUCCUGCUACAUUCCCCGCAGCGACCAGGCGACAGUGGUGGGUGGCGCGAUCGACUACGUGAAGCAGCUGGAGCAGCAGCUGGUGGCGCUGCAGGCGGCCGCGGCCGGGCGUCGCGGCGGUACCGGCGCCGGCGCAGCAGUGGCCACGGCCGCGUCGGCCGCGUCGGACGGCGUGUUCGUGUCCCCGCAGUACGCGAGCUACUCGGACUCGCGCGGCGGCCUCGGCGCCGGCGUGGACGUGGAGGCGACGGCCGCGGUGGGCGGGCACGUGCGCGUGCGCGUCGCGGGGAGGCGGUGGCCGGGGCGGCUCGUACGCGCCGUCGCCGCGCUCGAGGACCUCCGCCUGGCGGUCUUGCACCUCGCCGUCACCUCCCUCGGACAUGACGCCGUCGUGUACUGCUUCAACCUCAAGAUGGAGGAAGGGUGCGAGGUGGCGACGGCGGACGAGGUGGCGACGGUGGUGCACCAGAUCUUCGCCUACGCCGCCGGCGCAUGCUGCUGA